UCCAGAAGCAGAGAGGGCCACCGCGAGAGAUCUCACGAUCCCUGCGACCCUGCCCAGCACCCCGCGCCGUGCUAGCUGCUCGUGCCCGCGUACUCCCACUCAGACCCGAAACCCGUUGGCCGUAGCCGCGCCACCCCGGCACCGCACCCAAUCGGGGGACGCCACGCCGCUUGCUCUCCUCGCCGCGCGCCGCCACCUCGAAUCAGUGCACCUCUGUUGCUGCGCGCGAGGUGUGCUAGCCCAUGCCCCGGAUGACCAAGUUGCUGCUCCAGCUUCAGGCGGCGGCGGACAGGAGGCACGGCCACGGCGGCGGCCUCGGCCUCGGCUUCGGCCCGGGGCCCGGCCGCCGCCACCCGCUCACGCCCCGCCACGCGUCCGCCGCCGGCAGAUUCGCCCCGGCAUGCCUCGCCCUCUGCCUCCUCGCCCUCGCCGCGGCGGCCACCACUCUCGCGGUCGCGCUCACGCUGCACCGCCAAGGCCCCGACCCCGCCGCCGGCCCCGGCGGCUCGCCGCGCGGCUUCUCGGUGGUGAUCAACACGUGGCGGCGCCACGCGCUCCUGCGGAGGUCCGUCGCGCACUACGCCGCCUGCGCGGGCGUCGAGGCCGUCCACGUCGUGUGGAGCGAGCCGCGGCCGCCGCCGGAGCCCCUGCGCCGGGGCGUCCUCAUCAACGGCACCCGGCGCGGCACCGUGCGGUUCGAAAUCAACGAGGCCGACAGCCUCAACAACAGGUUCAGGCCCAUCCGGGGGCUCGCCACGGACGCCGUCUUCUCCGUCGACGACGACCUCAUCAUCCCGUGCUCCACGCUGCGCUUCGCCUUUGACGUGUGGCAAAGCGCGCCCUCUGCAAUGGUCGGCUUCGUGCCGCGGAUGCACUGGCUUGCCGACCCGAGAGGCAGUACAAAGGAAUACCGAUAUGGAAGCUGGUGGUCAGUUUGGUGGACAGGCACAUACAGCAUGGUUCUUUCGAAAGCGAGUUUCUUCCACAGGCAGUACUUGGAUCUGUAUACUAACCAAAUGCUACCGUCAAUUCGCAAUUAUGUGAAUGAAAAUAGGAAUUGUGAGGAUAUUGCAAUGUCUUUUCUUGUUGCAAAUGCUACUGGAGCUCCACCAAUAUGGGUACAAGGACUCAGGAGCCUCUUGCUCACAUUCGUGCCCUUGUUAUUACCCCAGGAAGGAUAUUUGAGAUUGGAUCGGGCGGCAUCAGCAGUUUGAAGGGCCAUGGUUUGCAGAGAUCCAGAUGCCUCAACACAUUUGCUGCCAUGUAUGGCCAUAUGCCUUUGGUAGUCACCACAGUCAAGGCUGUUGACAGCCGCAGGAGCUGGUUCUGGUGACAUGCCUCUUGUUUGGCCCUGUUAUCUCCUUUUUGUUUCAUUUUUAAUUUUCCUUAGGUGCUGCCUAGCCAUAUUACAAGGUAGUGUGUUUGUGCAUAAUUCAUCAGCACCUAAGAACACAGGUUGGGUUGUACACGCUGAAGGUAAAACACAGUGACCACAUUCAAAUUCACAUUAUUUGAUGGAGUUAGUUACUAGUAUCCAGUAAUCUUUGUGAAAGGAGAUUGUUCAUGGUCAUGGAUGUGACAGUAAUUAAUUCACUGCUUUUUUUC